AUUAUAUAUAAAUAUAUAUACAUGUAUUGUGUUUUAUCAUAUCGGUCUUAAAAUGUGUACACUAUCUUUUUGAUUUUUCUCUCUAAAUACUGCAGAUAUGACAGGCCUGGGCAUGGACUUCGAAGACGAUUUCUUCUUCGAGGAGGAUAAAAUUUUGACAAGCGAUUCGACCUUGUCCAUGAAUAGUAGCAGACUUCAUAAUUCGAGUGGAUCAACUUUGGAUAAAGUUUCUAUUGUUCUUCCCACCGUACCAUCGGCUAGCAUCGUAUUGCACCAACUAGCUAUGAUGGAAGAUCGCAUACCAGACAUAGAACUGGUCGCACAAGAUCAAUGUAUACAGCAGAAGCCUAUCAACCAGAUGGGUAUGACAAUUACAUCUGGGAAUGUCAUGAUACAGAAGGACGCAAGUAAUCUUAUCGGUAUAAGCAUUGGCGGUGGUGCGCCGUUGUGUCCGUGUUUGUACAUUGUACAAAUCUUUGACAAUACACCCGUCGCUUUAGACGGUACUCUUCAAGCAGGCGACGAGCUUGUGGCGGUAAACGGGGCCUCAGUCAGGGGCAAAAGUAAAGUAGAAGUCGCAAAGAUGAUACAAUCCUGCGAUUCGCAGGUCAGCAUCAAUUACAAUAAAUUACACGCCGAUCCGAAACAAGGUCGCACGCUCGACAUCGCUCUUAAAAAAGUGAAACAUAGACUGGUCGAAGGUAUGGGAAGUACUACGGCUGACGCGCUUGGAUUGUCACGAGCCAUUCUUUGCAACGACGCUCUUGUCCAAAGAUUGAUGGCGUUAAAACGUACAGAAACUUUCUAUAGAGGUCUAGUUACACAUGCCAAAGCUACGUUACACGCUUUCUUUGAUCUGACACAGAUCUAUAAAGUCUUCGGAGACGCGUUCGCUGCCAUAGGAGUGCGAGAACCACAACCACGCGCCAGCGAAGCUUUUAGACAAUUUGGCGAGCAGCACAGGCAAAUGGAGAAGUUUGGUGUGACGAUGUUGAAGACCUUGAAACCGAUACUAAGCGAUCUGGGAACAUACCUGAACAAGGCCAUACCAGACACACGAUUGACAAUCAGCAAAUAUGCCGAUGCAAAAUUUGAAUAUCUGUCCUAUUGUUUGAAGGUAAAGGAACUGGACGAUGAGGAGCAGAGUUGCGCCGCUCUGCAAGAACCUCUAUAUCGCGUAGAAACGGGUAAUUACGAAUAUCGAUUGGUGCUGCGGUGUCGACAAGAAGCUCGUGCGAGGUUCGCGAAGUUGCGUUCGGACGUAUUAGUAAAACUCGAAUUGCUAGACAAUAAGCAUGUUCAGGAUGUCGUAUGGCAAUUGCACAAGUUCGCGGCCGGUCUGGCCAAGUAUUAUGCUAGUACGCGAGAUUUAUUGUCGGCGGUGACGCUAUUCCCGGUUGAGGUCGAUCUAUCGCAUUCCGCGUUUCAGUAUAAAUCCACCGGUCCGCAAACACUGGCGGAUUCGAGCGAUAUUGAAGAAUACGAACCGGAAGAAAAGCAACAUAAUAUAAACGAGGAACUUCUCAUCGAUACAUCGAGUUUCACAUCAGAACCUACCGAUAAUACAUAGCGAUGUUUAUUAUUGAGUUUUUAAAGAAUUUUAUAAGUUGAAUAAGAUGAUUUUUAUAUUACAAUCGACAAUGUAUACAAAAGUUUGCAUAUUGCAUAAACAAUGUAUUCUUGUAUGCAUAUAUUCCUUAACAAUUAUGAUGAGUAUAGGAUUCCUUAAUUUUCUGUUACGUACUACAAUAUCAUUAUAAAUGCAACAAAUGCAUUUAAUAUUUCUGCAUUGUUAUUUGUUAUAUAUAGUAGGAUAGAAUAUAAUUAUUUUUAAUCAUAUAAUUUGCAAAUGUUAAGUAUGUUUUUAUUAGUUUUAUUAUCUUUAUAUCUUCUAAGAUAUAUUAGAGCAAACAUGAUUCGUUACCACAGAUCUUGUCUUCUAAAUCAAGUUGAAGUAGUAUUUAUUACAAAUACAAAAUGAUGUUAAUUACAUCUCUCUCUUAAUUAUAUAAAUACUUAUAAUAUAAUAAUAUGUAACACACAAUUUGUAAAAUAAAUUACACAUAUAAUAUAUAAUAUGAAAUAUAUAAGCAUGUGAUAUCACAAAUGUAUAUUUCCAAAAAUAAAAUAUACCAAAGUUAUU